AUGGAUUUCGUUGACAACUUGAUGGAAGAUGAAAUUGAGAGAGAGACCCUUCUUGCCAAACCCACCUGCUUCAUCAUAGUUGGAAAACCGGGUAUUGGCAAAUCCACUUUGGCCAAGAACAUUGCAGAUUCCUGGAAGUGUAUCUUGAUUGAUGAUACAGAUGUUCUCAACACACACAUACAAAAUAGAACGGAGGACGGUUUAGAGCUCUUAGAUAUCUUAUCAGAGGGGAAGGUUUUACCAGAAGACAAGGUGCUGAAGCUGAUUCUUAACAGGCUCGACUCACAAGAUGUGGAGCACUAUGGAUAUGUGCUGAGCUGCCUGCCGCUCAUGUCUGAGGAAUGUCUGAAGAUUGAUGAGCAGAUUGCACUGAUCAAGAACCUCAAGCUGACACCUGAUUUCAUCAUUAAUAUCAAGUAUGCAGACAAGGACCUGGCCAAGAGGCUCGCAGGUCUGAAGCAGUACCCAGAGACAGGGCAGCUAUUCACAAGGGACAAGUGGCAGUGUGAAGAUGUGUACAUCAAGAAGAGAGACAGCAAGGAUGAGGCAAUGGAGGAUAAAGGGGUGCAGGGACUCAAAAGGGAUGUUAUUUACCAGAUGGUGUGGACACCAGAGAAUUUAACCCGAAAUGCUUUAAUAAGAAUCAACAUGUACAAAGAUACAGUGCUUAAACCACUGGAGGACUACAUGGCAGCACACAACCCCCUCUACCGGAUGGAGCUGGAUGGACACAACACACCUGAAGAGCUUCACUCUUAUGUAAUGUCCCGUCUUGGAUCAUUGGCAAUAAAACGUGUCUCCAUUCCCAUCCUCCUCAACAAAGCUGGUGAAGAAUUGCCAGAAGAGGCUGAUACGGCGGACCUAUUGAGACAUAUGUCCUCCACCAAUCCGGUGGCCCCUGGCUUCAGGUGGAGAAGGAGCCGCUGGGGCCAAACCUGCCCUGUUGCUCUGCAGGAGGGCCGGGUUGUUCCUGGCCAACCUGAGCUAUCCGUCAGCUUCCAGGACAAACUGUACAUCCUCUCAUCUUCUGAGGCCUACCAGAAGUUUGUCACAAACCCCAGACAGUACUUACUCCCUCCAAUGCCCAGGCCCCCUUGCAAGGUUUCUAUCGUUGGACCCCCUCAGUCAGGAAACAGCACCUUAUGUAAGCUUCUAGCGCAGCACUACAAUGCAUUGGUGCUUGACGCGGAGGAUCUGGUGCAGCCAAUUCUGGCCAAGAUUGAACAGGAGAAGGACACUGGAUGGGUGCUUGACAACUUUCCCAGCAACCUCUCCCAGUGGGAUUUUUUAAAACAAGGUGAAAUCCUGCCCCACAUCAUCUUUUGUCUCAAAGACACUGGUGGACAUAACGUUUUGGAGAGAAUGUAUAAGAGGAACAAGGAGAAGGUGGACGGUGCAGUGAUGAAGAGGCUGCGAGCCGAACAGUCUGCAAAAGUUGGGCCGGUCUUAAAGAAAAAGGAAGACGUCAGAGAGGUGCAAUCGAAUCUAGAUACAAUCGUUGGAGAAAAUGAUGCUGUGACACUACCUGAUCACUGGGAGCUGGGUUAUCCAGAUGGCCCAGAGAUGAAGGGUUACAAACUGCAACUCCAGAAGUUUGUGUCUGAAUGGGAAGCAAUGGAGACGGCUCUAACUACUGCCAUCUUAGUUCUGGAGAUUGAUGGAAAAAGCCCAGAGGACCUGCUUCAAGAGAUAGUCCUUCACAUGGAGAAGCCCUUCAAGUAUGUUCCCUGGGAGUUGUCACAGCUGGACCUGUUUGAGGAGAAAGAGGAUAUGGAGGCCUUAGCUGAGUUGGAGAAACCUGAUGAAAACAGCAGUGAUAACAAAGCGCCAGAUGAUGAGGAUAAGGUGGACAGACCCCGUAAGAGAUCAUUUGGGGAUACUCUUCAUUUCUGUCCUGUGGCCUUUAAAAACCAAAACACCCUGUGGCCCUGUACGGACGAGAUUGCAGCCAAAUACCGGGAGAAGAUCUUUUACUUCUCCAGGGCAGAAGCAAGAGACACCUUCCUUCAAAAUCCAACAAGAUUUGUUGCAAAGACUGAGCCUCUAAAGCCUUCUGCCCUUCGGAUCCUUUCCCUCGGUACCCGAGGGUCAGGAAAGACCUCUCAUGGUGAGUGGCUCGCUCGGCAGCUUGGCCUCUUCCAUAUUCAGUUCAGGGAGCAGCUCCAAAUGCUCCUCAUCGCCAAGACAAAGAAGCGGGUGCCUUAUUCAGAUGAAGUAGAGCCCACUGACGAGUCUUUGGAGGAACUGGUCGCCCAGAUACAGGACGCCAGGUUGGAGGCUGGGGAGGAGGAGGAGGAGGUGGAGGAGGAGGAAGUGGAACUGACUGCUGAGGAAUACGCCAUCAAAGACUACCUAUCUGAUGGAGAUUCACUAUCUCCACAUAUCCUGGACAUGGUUAUUGCACCAUUCUGGGAUCAAGAACCAUACAUAUCCACUGGUUUUAUCUUGGAGGGCUUCCCACAUCAUUCUGAAGAGGUGCAGUACAUGCUGGAUGGACAGCUUUUCCCUGACGUUGUUGUAACCAUGAAGGUGGAUGUCACAGAUGUUCAGAAACGUCUGUUGCUGGCAUACCUGAAGAGGUGGCGUAAGCGCCGCGACCACCGGCAAGCACAGAUGAACAUUCUUCAGGAUCUUCGCAUGAAAAUCAGGGAUGAGAAAAUGGUCUGGAGACGGGCUGAACUCACCGCAGAGGCACUGACUGCAAGAUUUGAGUUUAAGUUUCAGGAUGAUGAAGAUGAGGACGAAGAAGUCGAUGAAAAGGAGGAAGCAGGAGACAGCAUGGCGGAUAAGAUAGAGGCCAUACUGGAAGUGGAGUUUGCUUUGGAUGGAGACAACGAAGACUCAGAGAUCGAGGAGAAUGAGGAGGCAGCUAUCGAGCGGCUGAAGAGGGAGAUCGAGCAGCGUUUUGCGUCAGAUGAGGAAGACCUUGCAACUGUAACGGAGAUGCUGAGUGAGCAAAACAUUCCCAGUAUCUCUAUCAGUGCCUCUCGCAAGCCGCGCUUUGUGAGGAAUCAGCUGCUCCAGAAGUUACAGCCUCUGCUGACUAACAGGCAGUCACUUUUCCAAACAUGUCAACCCAUCUCAUCCACCCUGGCACCGAGGCUGCUGCUCUUUUCCUACAAGCUCCACAGUGCCUUUGGCUGCUUGGAUCCCAUAAAGCAAUACAGAGAGAGAGACUUGAUCCAGCCUCUGCAGUGGCCUCUGAAUACCACACAUCCCGUAAUCUUCAAUCAGUAUAUCUACUUCUUUGAAUCCAAGGAGAACCGUAACACAUUCAUGCUCAACCCUCUGAAGUACCUUAGGCAGCCUAAGCCCACCCCAUCCCUCCCUGUUAAACUGGCCGUCGUUGGACCACCCAAAUCUGGGAAAACCACUGUGGCGCAGAGCUUUGCUCAGAAGUAUGGCUUGGCGCGGCUGUCCAUUGGCAGAGCUAUGCGUAUGGUGCUUGAAACUCAGGAGCACACAGAUCUGGCUGUCCAAGUGAAACAGCUACUCUCCCAGGGCAUUGUUGUGCCUGAUGAACUGGCCAUUCAGUGUCUGGAGGUGGUUCUCUUGAGCUCAGUCUGCAGCACCCGAGGGUAUGUUUUGGACGGCUUUCCGAUGACACUUAAGCAGGCAGAGCUCAUGGGUUCUCGAAGCAUCAUCCCCAUGAUAGUAAUUGAGCUUGAGCUGGACACAGUGGAGGUGCUAAGAAGAGGUCACAUGGACCAGAUAAAACCCAAUAAGCCUCACCUGAUGCAUGACAGCACUGAGAUACUUCACAAUCGUACCGCCCAUCACAGGCAAGAGGUGGAGCAGGUGAGGAAAUAUUUCCAGUAUCAAUAUCGGAACUGGAUUGUGCUUGAUGGCUUUAAGAGCAAAUGGUGGAUCUGGAGCAAGAUUGUAAAGGAAGUCAGUAUCAGCAUGGCGUACAUCGACAACUUUCUGGAGAGGACACUCAGCGGUCAAGCUGCCAGCAUCGACAGGAUGUGCAUCACACCAGAGGAGCUGCAGCAUCGGCUUGAAGAGUUUGGCCAUUACUGCCCAGACUGCUUGGCUAUAAAUUAUCACCUGACGGACUGCUCAGAAACUGUAGCUUUGACUCAUGCGGCUGAGUACAGAGGAAAGCUUUACAAGAUGUGUGGCAAGGAGCAUUUAGAGAAAUUCCUGUCCUCUCCAGAAAAGUUUGUGACUCCGAGGUGCCCAUACCCUCUCCCAGAACCCCACAUGCUGCCAAGUAAACUAACUGAGAUUCAGGUGAAGGACAAGUACCCACAGAAAGUUCAGAUGAUGGGCUUUUGUCCUGUCACUUACUUCUGUGGAAAGCAAAGGUAUGAAGCCCUGGUUCAAGGAAAGAUGGAGUUCGCAGUGGAAUACAGGGAACAGUUCUAUUUUUUCCGGUCGAAACGGGAACAGGAAAUGUUUUUGAGGAGUCCUGAAACAUUCUGGGACCAGAAGCUGCCCGUUAAAGUCCCUCCUCUUUGUGACCCUGUACCCCUCACCGCCCUUCCAACGUUGGGCUACCUGGAACAGGCUGUGGCAGUAGCAGUCUUCAAGGCCAUGACAGCUGCGGGGUGCCUCAAACCAAAGUAUCCCUUCGUCAGCAUACAGAGAUCAGCAGUCCUCUAUGUGGCCUUCUAUCUCAAAGCUACCAACGAGAGGAGCGAGGAAUACAUUCGCCGGAUGCACAAAGCCAACCUGACCUUGUAUGAAAAGAGCUGCGCCCUACUCCCCUACCUGAGCUCAACAAUGAGAGGGCGCUACAAGCAGCCCAGUGAACGUCCCAUUGACUUUGAGUCCAAAAUGAACGAGUUCCUGGCUUUGAAAAAAUCCAGCUUAUCAGAAUCAGGUCUAUUGGCCAAGUAA